UCAAAAUUAAGUAUAAUAUAUGAGCUUUGUUAAUAUAGCCUGUCAAAUAAUAAAUUUAUUUUAAAUAUUUUGAGUAUAUACAGUAUCAGUUAAAAAUAUUGAUACAAAAGUGGAAUAUUAUAUUUUGAUGUAAUCAAAAAAUCAUGUUAAGGAGUAAAAAGUGUCUCAUUAAUAAAUAUCAUCAUGUCGAAACUAUUUAUGACGCUAAUAUUGCAAUGGCUAGUAAUGUUGUUAAUAGAAUAUCAAUUUAUAGCUUUUGGACAAGAAACAAAUCAUAAUAUUCCAGAAAAAAUUGUUAGGGAAGCAACGGAAGGUGAUAAUAUUAUAAUAACAUGUAGUUUUUCAUUAGUCGAUUUUAAAGGUGAAAAUAAUCCAAAUAAGAAUAAUGUUACUGAUGCAAAUAUUUAUUGGAUUUAUCCGAAUGAUCAAUUUACAAAAAUUAAUGAAAGUCGUAUAAAAGAAGAGAAAUUAUUAUAUCAUGACACUAUUAAUUCUAUUUUAACAAUAUCAUCUAGUAAAUCUGAAACAGAUGAAGGAUAUUAUACAUGUUUAUUAUAUCAAGAUAGAGUAUUUUUAUCACAAAAACAAAUUUAUAUUAAUUUCACUAAAAAUAUUGUUAAUGGGAUAAAAGAUAGUACUAUUCAUCCAAUAAGUUUUGAUUCAAGCAAUAAUAAUGAAACUGGUUCACCUUCCAUCAAUUCAACGAAUUCUAAAGUUAAUACAAGACCGACAUACACAGUAUCCAAUGAUACCGAACCAAAUUAUAAUGCAACAAUUAUUUCAAUUUUAGUUUCUGGAAUUAUAAUUCUAUUAAUUAUAUUAGCUAUCGUAUUAUAUUUAUUUUAUAAAAGAAGGAGAGAACGAUGUCCAGCAACAAAUAAUGCAUAUGCAAGAUAUGAUCGCAAUAAUUCUGUAAAUUCAACGAUAGAAUUAACCCCAUAUAAUCCAGCACCAAUAGGUUAAUAAAAUAAAAGUUUUUAUAUACGUAUAUAGUUAAAUAGUAUUCAAAAUUUUAGUAUUUUAUUAUUUAAUUUAAUAUUUUAUAUAUUUUUAAAUUUUAUUAAAUUACUUCUUAAACU